AUGGGCUUCUCUCGGGCACUCCGGACAGGGCGUGUGGGAGGGCACGAGAUGAUGGCAUUACUGCUGGCCGCUCUUCUCUUGCCAGGAACCUCGGCUAAGAGCAUCGGGACCUUCUCAGACCCCUGCAAGGACCCCACCCGCAUCACCUCACCCAAUAACCCCUGCCUCACUGGGACAGGUGGAUCCAGUAGCCACAGUGGCUCCAGCAGCUACAGCAGUUCUGUUUCCAGUUCCAGUGGUUCCAGUGGUUCCAGUGGCUCCAGUGGUGGUUCCAGUGUCUCUAACAGUGGGUCCAGUGGAUACAGUGUCCACCAGGGUAGCUCUUCAGGAUCAUCCUUUAAGCCAGGAAGAGGGUAUUCCCAGAUCAGCCAUUCCUCUGGAUCUGGCUCUGCUCUGCAAAGUCCAGGCAACACUUUCCAGUCUGGAAACAGCGUCUCCCACUCAGUCACUUCCCAGACUGGAGGAGGUUCCAGCUCUUCUGUUUCCCAAACAUCUUGGAUGUCCAACAGUGGUGGCCAAAGGGUCAGCUCCAACCUGCCUCCCUGUAGUUCAGAUGUCCCCGAUUCUCCCUGCAGUGGUGGUCCCAUUGUCUCACACUCUGGCUCCUACAUCUCUGGCUCCCAUACCGUGUCAGGAGGUAGAGGCCCGUGGUGGUGGUGGUGGAGCAGCAUGGUUCUGGUGGUCCUGGAGCAGUUCAAGGUAUCCCCUGUAGCAACGGUGGCCUUUCAGGCAAGCCCUGCCCCCCUAUCACCUCUGUGGUAG